GCUAGCGUUCCCGGGCUCCUCGUGUCUAUGCAGUUCGAUUCGUGCGGAUUCACGGGACCAUCUACGUCGUACGAUCGAAGCGACGGGAGCCACGGUUCGCCUUUUCUCCGUAGUCCGACCUCCGACGAGCGAGCGUCUUUCUUUUGUCGUCGAGACUCGUCUCGUCGUUCCGAGGCUCGAGAGCCGCAACCAACCGGAGAUGAAGCACGCCGUUCCUGGGGCUGCGACCGUCCGCUCGCGUGGUCGGCUCGUUGCCAGCGUCGCUCAGUCGAGCUCGGGGACGGAUUCCAAACCGGAAACGCCACUGCCUUUCACGUCUCUUACUAUUCACGGGUUCAUUGCAUUCGCGCGCUCGCGAACGAUUUCGAGGAGGACGACGAUCGUCGUGCACGGAAGCUUGGAAACGAUCAGUGUCGAGAACUCGAGGAGAGCGAGGAUAAAGAAGAGGCCGGAAGUGAUCCCGCGGACGAUUUGUCUCGGACGGUAUCUCGGGAAACGGGGUCACGGUCUCGUCGCGCUGGUAAGCCAAGGACGAGAUGGAAGAAGAAGGACGAUGAUGAUCGAGCUCGUUUCGAGAAAUCUGUCAAUUUCUCGCCAAUUCCUACCGCGGACGAUCCCACAAACGUUUCUUCGGUCGAUGCAUUUCCUUACACUGCCUACAACGACGAGGACGAGGACGAGAACGAGGGCGACGCGCAGAUCGCCUCGGCUCGCGAGAUCGAGGACGUUCAACGACGGAAGAGGUUCUCUCGACAGCAGGACGACGGUACCACCCGUGGCAAAGGGGAACGUUCUCGAGGCCAUCAUCGUCGCGUUCGGGAUUCGCGCGGCGAGAAACGCGAGAGUUACUACACUGCCCGGUUCCAGGAGCCGAUCACCAACGAAAGUUGCGGGAACGAGACGACGGAACCCUCGACGAACGGACCAACGACGACGAAGGUGUCGAAUUCGUGCGGCCGGAAAUAUGGAUUGCUGUUCGUCUUAUAUCUACUGGCUGCUUGGCCGCUGGUGUGCUCGACGAAUCCCCCCGGACAGUUCGUCUCCAGCUUCGCAUCCGAUUCAUCGUCCCUCGGCUCGACUGAGAGGCUGUCCCGGCACAACGCCACGCAGAUCUCGUCCCUACUGUCGUCUUCGGGCGUCGCGCAUCAGUGGCUGCAGCAUCAGCAACAGCAGCAGCAGCAGCAUACUCGGCAGACCGAAGAGAAGCGCGGCACGUUACGGGAACAGCUGUUUCGAGACGUCAGAGACAGGGAGAGGAAGGAUAACGGUGUCGACGGGCGUCACCAUCGCCGACACGACGAGGAGCAACAGGACGAGCAGCAGACGGUUCGCGACAGGCGACAACGCGAGGUGCGAGCGACCGAGCCGGACGAGACGCAUCCUUACAACGAAUACAGUUGGGAGGUGAACCAGAUAAACCCUUGGCUGUCGGCCUGCGACUUGGCGGGUCCAACGCCGGCCGAUCUUCAAGGCAGUUGCGGUCCACCGGAAGUGCCGAAGAACUGCCCGGUACCGUGCUCGUCGGCCGCGAAGGAGAAGGGGAAGGACGCCGGGUUCCUCGAGGUGAUCCAGAGAGUUGAACUCGCCGGGAGGAAUUGUUAUUGGUCCAAGGGGAGCGAGAGGCCGGUGUCGGGCCGCGAGGAGACCGACGACGACGACGGCGUACCGACGACUCCGGAACAGUGCCUUUUUUAUCUCGAGGAGUCGCAUAAGAGGGACAUCUGUCGGGAUGAUUUUGGCCGGAGCAGUACGCGAAGCUUUUUCACCUCGAGGGAGAAUCGAUAUUGGUUCAUGAGCGGGUUGCGUCUGCGGCACUGCUGCGAGCACGCGGUGGUCAACGCCCUGGCGCCUGGCAAGGGCGGUCCGCUUGAAAACGUGUUAAACGGUGGUCAGAAGUGCACCGAUGCCCUGGACAAGCUGUUGCUCGUCGACGCGUUGGCCGCGAGGUUGCAUUGUGAGUUCGAGGAAGUGCUCGCGCGAUACGAUUGUGCUCAGUCCUAUUCGGUCAUCUUUAACUGCACCCACUGUAAGGAAGCGUAUAGAAAAUGGGUGUGCAGCUCCCUGGUGCCUUACUUUGCUCACGGGGGACCGCAGGAUUUGGACAGUUCGAACAGUUGGGCAGGGAGCAGGCUCAAGCCCUGUCGGUCCUUCUGCCAGUCCGUGGAGCAACGUUGCCCUUACUUACUUCCCGGCGAUCGUGCUCCCGCGUACCCCACACAAUACGCCGGCGAGCCUACUUUCCUCUGCACAGAUCCGAACAUCCCCGAGACCGGAAAGCAAGCCGCGCGAGCCGUGCACAGCACCAACGAGGAUGAGUGUUGCUUCCACGCGUGUUCCGAGGAACUGCCGGGAUCGGGUAUCUGCGCGAACUGCACCGAUCGGGAACUACGAAGACGCGGGAGAAGCCACGAUCCUCCGACGGCCCCCCGCUGUGAGGUCAACACCAUUCAACCAGCUUCCACAGGUGUAUCGAGAUCGACGGAGAGCAGCCCAGGAGAAAAGGAGGAGUUGGAGGAAUCGUCGACGGUUUCUGGUAGCUCGCCUGCAACAGGGAGCAUCACGGAGCGGCCACCAGGGACGUUGUUGUGCGGUAGUAGCGGCGGCGCAAGCCCGGUAGUGAUCGGUAGCGUCUCCUCUUCGAACCGGUCGUCGGUCUCGAGCCUCCCGCAACUUUUUUGGCUGUGCGUCCUGAACAGCGUCCUCGGGGACAUCCUGACGAUUCUCGUGUUCUGGAUACCAAGGAUGUUCACCGGCCGGUCAGCGUCGGUGACUGGUAGCGUCGGCGGAGGAACGACGACGAUGGACAUCGUCGUUUGGCUGCGUAGCUGCUUAGCGAGUCGUUACCGCAGCGCGGGUUACGGGGCUAGAUGGUUGCUGAAAAAGUGGGUGGUGGUCGAACGUCGGUUCCGAAGUUGGUGGUGGUGUUGCUGGUACUGGUGGUGGUGGAGGUGGCGAAGAACGCGAUCCAAAAAAUACCGAUCUCGGCGACGGUCGCGCGGUAGUAAAAGUCGUCGACGUUUCGCUGCUACGACGAGGCGAGCUACUUCCACGAUACUCGUCGAUCCUACCUCCUCGACCGCCGCCACAGUUUCUAUCUGCGAGUCGUUCCACGAUCGUUUUUCGUCCACGCGACGCGAUAAUUAUUAUUGUUUCCUCGUCGAUUCGUUCGCGGCCAAGUGCCCUUGGCGACGAUGGAGCUGGUGGUGGUGGUGGCUGUAUCGAUGGCGGCGAUCGAGGAAAUCGCGUUAUACGAACACCGGGCGAGAGACAUGGACUCGAAGAAGAACGGGAAGAAGAAGAAGUCGGAGAGAGAGCAGUGCGCCUUCAAGGAUCUUCGAAGAGGACGUUCGGUCUUCUCCGGCUAGGCGACGUUAUUUUAAACUGUCCUCGAGGAAGGACCCGCCAUAGAGCGUUUUAAAACACGCGAUACGUGUGAAACACAGGUUUUUUCUAUCUAUAGCCAGAAUUCAAUAGCAAGGGACUUUGGUCGUGCCCUUCACGAUUCUGGAUCUUAAAUGCGAAGCUCGUAGAGCAGAGCGAACGAAAGCGCGUAGAAAGGAGUCGACGCGCGACGACGAACGGAUGAAAACGAAACUACGGAAAAUGGUCAGGUGUGCACGGUUCUCUGAGGAGAAUUGUAACGAGAGGAUCGGAUGGGAAACAGGCGAGAUUUGAACAUCGAACGGAGCGGAAGAAGAGACGGGAGAGCAAGGAAACGGAAUUGAGGAACGCACGUUGGCGUUUCGAUUUGAGAACAGAGACAGCGGACGCGAAACGAAACGAGGAGGUCGCAACGUCUCUGGCUUAAUAAUAAUAAUAACAAUAAUACAAUAAUAAUUAAUUAAUUAAAAUAAAAAUAACGACGAUGGCGAUGACACGAUGAUGCGAUGACGAUACGUUCUUUUUUUUCUUGCCAAGAGUAACGGGGGUUGGUAAAACGACGAGUAACGAGUAAAAGAUAGUCGAAUAAUACCGACGGGGCUACGUAAUAAAUUAAAUACUAACGAUUACAUAAUGAAAUAAUCAUUAAAAUAAAUACAAAAAAAUUGAUGAAAUAACUUUAACGUUAGGAUGAUUACGAUAACGAUUAGUUAUUGUUACACGUCCGGCGCGUUACAGCCGCGUGGACAUACACGCACGUAUACACACACAUACACAUACACAUACACAUACACACACACACACGGAACACGUACACACACAUACCACACGCGAACGGACUACUCGGAAGACGAUUAAAAGUGCGUGCGAGCGAAGAGAUCCAGCUGCGAGUGAGAGAAACAGAGGACGUGAAACGAAAUAAUUAGGAAGUAAAGUACGCGAGUGACCCGGUCUCGGGUAGAUAAAUGGUAAACACAAAAAAUGCAAGUACACGUUCUCGUAUAAACCAUUAAUGAAUAACGAGACAUUAAAAAAUAACAAAAAAAGAUGUAGGUAGAUAGUAGGUGAUCUCGGUCAUGACAGCGAGACGAGGCAUACGAGAUUCGACGACGUUCGGACGGCGCUUGACCGGCAGAUCGAUGGUAACGGGGGGGGGGGAAGAAAAACGGAUUAAUAAAAAUAUACAAGCAAGAUAACGGGAUAAAUAAACUUAUUGGAGUAUAAAUAUGUGUUCGUUUAGACAUUACAAUAAAUAAUCAUUAUAUAAACAUAGACGUGUAACGAUAUAAAAUAAAAGAAGAGGGACGAGAAGAAGGCGAGAGCAAGCGUGUCUGAAUGCGCGUAUGCUUGAGGGAGCGAACGAGAGAGAGAGAAAGAGCGUGGUGGACUGUAUAUUAUUAAUAAUUGAUGAAGAAAUCGAAGGAGAAACGUUUCGUAGAAGAAAAAAAAGAAAAAACACAGGUAGAAAACUGAUAAUUUUUUUUAUAGACGAAUAUAUCGAAGAGAUAAAACUAGCGGCGAGAGGAGGAGAAAAGAUUUGUUUCUCACAAGUUUUUUCCGCAUAGUGUGCAUGCGUGGCUUCGGAACAAUCUCCUACUCCUAUAAUUCAAGCUUCAAGCGAAUAUUAAAACGAUAUUAGAAGAACAGCCAAGUCUCGUGUUUUCAUUGCCCUCGAAUUCUUCGACGUCGGAGAUACCGUUUUCCCUUUUGUUCUACGUUCUUGCUUUCGUUCCCAUCCACUUUUCGAUGCCGUGACUCGCUUGUUUCCGUGGAGGCCACGAGGAACCACUAUACGGAGAAAUCAGCGUAGAAGUCUAGAAAUGGGGGAAUCGUCGUCAUCGUUGUCGUAACGCCUACCACCAGACCUCUAAAAAAAAAAAGAAGACGAGAACAUUUUGAUUAGAAAACAGUUUUAAAACGGUUCCCGUGCACGUUGCGUUGAAACCUCGGUACUGCUCCGGCUUGCCAUCACACUCGUUUGGCACUAAUCUCGAACUUAUAGAUUAUAGUCGCGAGCCACGUUAUUCAUCGAACACAUUUUCAUUUGCCCGCGCUCCAACUUUCGUUUUACAACUGCUUUAUAAUCGAACUAUAUAUUUAAGCCUAUUCGCGCGAUGCAAUUCGCACGGGAUGUACUCGCGUGUACACGAGACGGGCGAGUGCGCGCGCGAAGAACGACAGAAGCCGGCGUGUGCAUUCAUUGCGUUGUUAAACAUUGUCCAAUACAUAAUUGUUACUAACUUACAUUUAUAAUACGAACGAGAGAUGAUGAUAAUGAUGAUGAUGAUGAUGAUGAUGAUGAUGAUGAUGAUGAUGAUAGAUAGUGGAAAAAGAGAAAGAAAGCCUGUGUAUGCCUGUACAUAAGAGUGGGGGGAUGGUGAGGGAGAGUGUGGAGGGUCGCGGAGGGACGAUCGCGGAUCGAAAUGUUUGCCGGUGGUGCGAGCGAGGUAAGCGAUUACGAUAUAUUAUAAAUAUUAUACAUAUAAAUAGAUAAUUGUAAAAGAAUUACCGCGGUGAGAGGUGUUAGGGCGCGGCGGGGGGGCGUGCGCAGGUGAUGUACGAUUGCGCAAUUACUGUGUGUAAAUACAUACAUAUACUACUCGAUUUACGUGCAUACGUAUGUGAAGCUCGCGUGUAACGCAUAACGUGUUCAUGCGUGAAAGCGCGUGUGUCUCUGUCGUCUGGCUGUACGUGUGUAAACGCGUAUGUGAACGUCCAUGUAUACGCACACAUGUAAGCAUGCAUACACUUUUCGUGGGUCGUGUAUGUAUGCGAGAGAGAGAGAGAGAGAGAGAGAGAGAGAGAGAGAGAGAGAGAAAGGAGGAAAAGAAAGAGACGGGGUGGGUGGUGGACCCACGUGUGCGUCGAGUCUAGGAGAAUAACGAGUGAGAAUUUUAGUAGAUAGCGAUUGCUUUCCGAUGCAAUUUUUCUGGCCGAGCCGAGAAGCGCGAGCGUAUUUUAGUACAUAGAAAACGGAGGGGAUGAACUGAACGAACGGGCAAUUAUUGUGUGCGACACGCGGAUUAGAAUCGUUGGGCAGAGCGAAGAAUUAAACGCGGCCAAAGACGAGUAAGCGAAUUUAGUUUAGGACGUAGGAAAUCUAUUGUGUAGUAGCAGAGGAUAUACGAAGAAACACUUGUGGCUAACGAUCGAACAUCGACGAACACGGCUCCAGACACGACAAACCAAUCGAUCGACUCGGCGGUGAGAAACGAUGAAACGCACAAUACGCAAAUGCGAUUCUUAUUUCCUGUACACGACAUCCGUAAAAAAAAAGAAACGGUAACCGGAGCAAUAAGUAACUCGAGAAGUGUUGAAGCGGCGAUGCAUGUGUCUGGGUCGAAGCGGGAGGCGAGAUUAACCCGUUCACAGUUUAUCUAAUAUCUAAUCCAUCUUGUCGAGUGCCGUUCUUUCGAGCAGAGAUACUUUACGGCGAAGGAUCGUCAUUGACGUACGCACGCGUUUCAUUGAACUGUGAAUGGGUUAAGGGAGGCAACGGGAAUCGAGAACGGAGGAAAGGGAAUUCGAGAACCGAUGGCCCCGCGCAAAAGUGACUUGUUCUCUUCUUGAGGACGCGGCACGGAACGAGGUAAAACUCAUUGUGCGCGACUCAUCGAGCACGAUUUCUCUCUACGCAGUGCCACGCACUCAUAUAACGCGGUACACAUAUAAUGCACGUACGUGUGAACGAGCCGUGACUGUAACCGUUAAUUGCCGCCAGAAACAAAACGGGCUUUUCAUUGUUCUGUGGGUACUAUUUCUAAAACGAACCAACAACAUGUAGCUCGAAUAAACGUUUCUUGGAAAAGUUUCGUAAACGACGAUCAACGAGCAACCGGCGCUUUUGUUCUACCAUCGAUUCGGUGGGAUCCGUCGAGUUUUCUCUCCGCGCUUAACUCCCCGUUAUACGUCGUUCUCCAACCCUUUCUUUCAGCUAGUCAGUCCUCUUCGAACAGGAAUAAUCGAUGACCCACCUUUAUGUUUCGUUCAGAAUUCUUAAUCGCGAAUCGAUAACGCGAAGUCACGCCCAUUCGUAAUACGUAUUUUGCCGCCUUUAACGCAGCCGACACUUUCUUUUUACGAGGGACGCUCUCUACGGUCUCGUUGCCAGCGUUCGUAGCCACGUGACUACGAUUACUCGAUUCCCGUGACCGACGGCGGUUCCCCAACUACGCCGAGCUCCGUCGGAUUCCUCGUCUGCUAAACGGAAAUUCAUUCGCCGCAGUCGAAACGUCGCGCGUCCUUUCAAACAUUCGUUCUUGGUUAUUUUUUUCGCCUACAAAGGGAAAGGAUAUAGUGGGAAUGGGUUAAAGCGCAAUAAUAUCGUUACGGAGUUAAAAGGUCGGUACUUGGGAGGUAGCCUGGCUCCUUUGAUCUCUCACUUUUCACGAUUGUUGCUGAAAAUUAAUUUUCGUCUCUCUUUCCGUCUCCCUCGUUUCGCCGCGAGCAUUCGUCGGCGAAAUCAACGGGCUCGUUGGGACGGCGUUCCUCGUAAAAAGAAGGGGAUCGGUGAAUCCCAGAGGGAUGCGCGCGAACCCCAUGAUUAAUUCAUUCGGGACUCCGCUCUCGCUAUUUUCCCUUCCACCGCGAUCAGACGUUCCGAGUGCUCGGCACAGGUUUCAGUUCCAUUGCUUGCCACCUUCUCAUUCGGAGAACCGCCUCACGCAAUAAAACAAAAAUCAAGUACAAAACGAUCGACGUAGGUGCAUAUAGGAACCCGUGAAUCGUUCGUUUCAUUUCAGUCUAGUAGAUAUUAAUAAGGGGGUGUUCCGAUCGUUCACUUCUCUCCCUCGCUCCCGGCUGGCUGAUCAAGGGAACUCGGCCUGAACCGGCGAAGGAAUUUUCAGGAAGAGGGGGGGGGGUGAGAGAUGUUCCGAUUCGUGAAAGAGAGAGAAGUAUCAUAGAGAAAACGGCGAAUCGAGGCAAACAGGAAGUUCGAAAAAUCCGAGUUUAGCCGGUGCGUUCGAGUUUCGGCGAAGCCAGCCACGAACACAGGGACGGAGGGAGAAAAGAGAGAGAGCGAGAGAGCGAAUGCUGGCACAGAAAAAGCAGCGUGGAGAAGGACAGAGAGACAUUGGGGGUGUGUUUGUGUCUGUGUCUGUACUUAUGUAUAUAUUCGUGUUUGUCAAGUGUACGUGCAUACUGUGUGUGUGUGCGUGUCGGAGAGAAAACGUACGUGUGUGUUUGUGUGUGUGUGUGUGUGCGCGCGUGCGAGGGAGCGAGCGGGCGAGAGAGAAAGAGAGAAGCAUGAGGACCAGACUACGUAUUGAUCUCACAAGUCUCCCAACUCCCAACGUAGAACGUUCGCAUAAAACAGGCCAACAUCGUCGACGUCUAUGCCGACCUGGACAUCACCCUGGCCGAGCCACGACGUCCGUUUUCGCUUUUCCCACCACGUAUCUCGCAAUCAUUUUCAUAUCUGAUGUAAUCUGUUGAAAAAAGAAAGAAAAAAGAGAAUCCACAACGUCCUGCACUUUAGAUAAUGUAGCAGAUUGUAGCGUACUCGACGACGAGCUUUCUUUCAUCUCAUUUCCGCUUCUGUUUCGGUCAUACUGGUCACAAUGGGUCGAGUCGUCGGGUCCCGAGAACCGGGACGUUCUCCGCUCGUUCAUUUCCCAUCCGAUCUCCACGUGAUCGAAACUCUUUUCGUCGCGAAUCUGAAGAUCAGGUUCCACACCCCUCUAUCUCUCGGCUCGUUCGCUCCGUUUCCUCAGCCCUUAGGUGAAAAUAGAUUCGAAGCAGAGAAUCGUUUUCUGUGUGACCUUUACAUAGAGUUUCUUUAAAAGAAGUAGACGGUCGAAACUCUACCGAGCAAACGGAGUUACCUCACCUGCGACAGAAAUCAUUGCAUUAAAAUGAGCAUACAUAGGUACGACUGCAUGGGUGAACGAAUGAGAGAAUGCGAGAGGGGGAGAGAGCGACGAAGAAAAAUAGAGAUAGAAUGAGUGAGAGUGAGUGGAUGAGUUAAAAGAGCCACUGCCUUAGCGAGAGUAUGAUUUUCGAGUAUCAAGGCCUUAGAAAGUAUAAAACCAGAAACAUAAUUAGAGUUAAGUAAGAUCUGUUGUUGUUAACCAAAAAAAAAAGAAAAAAAAUGAAACAAGAAAACGAUAGAGGACAGAGAGAAACUCAAAGGAAGGAUGUUGACGUAUUAUAAAACGAAUUAGCAAUUGUAUUUCACCCGUCCGCUCGAAGCCCGCGGCAUGGCUAUUUAUUUCUUACGGUGUAUACUGUACGCUUCGAGCGGACGAGUCGAGGACGUAAGGUACAUAAUAUAUACUAACCCUUCGUGCCCACAAUUAAAUAGGCGUGUUAAACGCAUAGUUUUACGUAGGAUUAUUAACCGUUGCUUGUGCAUACGAACAAAAAGAAUAUGACACGAGAGAAAUACGAAACUGAGAAGACCGGUCUACGAGUGGGACCGUCAGGGAAAAUAGAGGAAGGUGAAACGCAGAGGAAACGAGAGGAGAAAAAGAAACGAGGUGGGGACAUGGGAACGGUAGGGAGAAGCGGUGAAGACAAAGCGCGUCGCUUUUGCCGCACGUGUACCGGUACUCGCGAAAUUCGCUAUCUUUCUCCUUGACUUUGUUUUCUGCUCUUGCCUUAUCGAGGACGAAACGAAACGAAACGCAGACAUAGGAAUAAGGGGGUACAGGGGGAAGGAGGAAGAGAAAAGAAGGAGCGUGAGUUAUGCGUGGGGCGUCGGCCACGCGCCGAUGCCAGGAGGAGGAGGAGGAGGAGGUUGUCGCUAAACGGGUGAAGAGAAUAAGAAUUUUUGGUAGCGCGCCGCAUUCGAUACAACAUUUGAGUCCGAUGUUAGCGUAGCAUACGUAUUGUAAGCUGUCGACAUUUAUACUAUGAACUAUGAGUAAAUUGUAGCGAUCAUUGUGAACAUAGUUAAUAGUAUAGAUUAGUUAACCGCACUAAUUGUACCGAGAUGGUUAAUUCCGAACAAAAUAAUUAUCGAAGCUAAUUCAAUAACGCAUAGAUAUGUUCCGCGCGAAUCAAAUCGACUUAAACGAGUGAUAAUGCGAAGGAGAAUGUGAGCGUAGCGUAGUAGUGGGAAAAAGAGUGAAAGCGAGAGAGAAAGAGAGAGAGAGAGGGAGAAAAGACUGUGUGCGAGUGCAGGAAAGGAAGAAGAGGAACGAUGUGUGGUACAAAAAUUUCGAUGAUGGACAAGGGAUUAAAGGAGAUAAAGUAAAAGGGGAAAGAACGGGUGCACGCGCGUAUGUGUUUCUUCAAAAUGCGUCGUGAUAACGUGAACAGGUCAUCUUCGUGCCUAUUCGCCUUCUGUUUGUUUCUGCAUUCUUCACUAAGGCGUUACAUUGCACGUUUACGAAAUUCGUUGAGCGACACGCGAUCGACGGAGGAAAGCAAAACCUUUUUCUCUGGUCGCGAUCAGUAAUCGAUUCUCUUGGAGAUAUCUUCACCGGUGCGCAACUGGUCGCCGAGGACCCGGUCGUCCUGAGCCUUUAAUUCUCCAAGUUAGAGAUACACCUCGUCGCUUAUCAAUUAAUUAGACUAUCGAUCCAAUCUAGGGGUACUUUCUCUAAGCACGUAACUCGACACGCGUGUACUACACGUGCCCGCGUUACACAGCAUCGCUGGAACAAGUUAGAAGUACCUACCUACUUACGACGCGUACUCCAAACGACAAAUUCGAUAAACGUUCUUCUCGUUCUGAUUCGCUUUCUGUAAAGAUUCCUGAAAAGUUGCCAAUGUUCUUUUCGCACGGCGUCCACGCGUAUUGACCGAGAGGGAUCGUUCACUCGUCGUAUCUAUAAGCGUUUCCUCUGACCUCCGAUUUAUCGACUCUCUCUCUCUCUCUCUUUUUCUCUCUUUCUCUCUUUCUCUCUCCUAAAAACUGUUCUCUCGACCUAGAAAGACUGUUCUCGACGAAGCUUCGAUAUUCGUUCGGAUUCUUCAACGGCCGCUCUAUCAAGUAACGAAAUCGCGCGACUCUUCUAUUCGUUUAAUAAACCAGAGCUUUUUACCGGGACGGAACGUAGUCGUAGCCAGGGCGUAUACAUUUUUAUUUGUCGACACAUAUCGUGUCCUUGACUUUCCCAAUCUCGUCGUGCAGAAGUACGCGAUGCACGGCUCGUUUGUACGAGAUCUACGGGGGGAGGGAACGCGGGAGAGCGCGCGUGUAUGCACGUACGCAGCGAUGAUAUCGGUCGUGUCUGCGGCGGCGGCUGAAAGAUGACGAGGAGGUGGAGGAGAUGGAUAAUUGCGACGGGGGGGACGGAAUCGAAGACGGAGGUUUGUCAGAGAGUAUCGAAUUGGAUAGGAUUCACCGGAAAAUUAAAGCUGCCGUUCUAGUCCGCGGAGAUCCACGAGCAACCAACUUUCGACCUCCAUAUCCGAUAUCAUUUUCAUCUAAUAAUAAUAAUCCCCGUCUCUCUUCCCCCGAUGUUGCGUUGUGUCGCGAAUUCGAACCGUUGGAUAUGUAUGUACAUAUAUAUAUAUAUGUAUAUAUCUCUUCUUUUCUUUCCUCCCUCGAUCCCAUCAAUUCUCUUCUUACUUAUUCUUUCGUACACACAGCCCCGCUGCUCGCUGGUCGGUUUGAUCGAACUUUCAGACUCUCUCGACCCUCGAAUACGUGGCUAGACUUCGAAUUAAAUAACGAAUACCGACUUAACGAUAAUGGUAAUAAUAAUAAUAUUAAUAGUAUUAUUAAUAAAUACUGAUAAAUAAUAAUAAUAAUAAUAAUAAUAACAAUAAUGAAUAAUAAUAAUAAUAAUAAUAAUAAUAAUAGGGAACAGAAUAAGAUAGAUUGCUGCUUCGUAGAUCGCGAUGAGAGCUAACGAUUAAAAGAAAUGGUCGCGAGGAAUAGGAGUUUAGGCGACGAGAUGCUACGCAUUUUGGAGACUCAUCGGAAGAUAUGAUACUACCACCGAUUAUUAUUCGCGGUCAUUGCGUUGCACGUAAGGAGACACAUAAGCGUUUAUAAGAUCCGCGAGAAGCGAAAUGAAUACGGACAUAGAUGAAUUGAGUAAGUCUCUAAUCCGAGAGCAACGGCGGGGGAAGUGAGGAGGGAAGGAAGGAAGGAAGACGUGAAGGAAGAAGAAAGGAGAGCAAGAGGCAAUUGUGGAUGAGUCAGGGUGAAUGAUGAAACGUAUGCGUGUGCGUGUGCGUAUGCGUAUGUAUGGGCGCACAAGAGCAGCGGAUAAAAAGAGGGAAGGAUAGUUUGAAAAAAAAAUGAAACAUUUAGAGUUCCGUCUUUGAAUGUUGGAGAAUGUUCAUUUGUAAUUGUUUAAAUCUACCGAGAAAUGUACUGUAAGACUAUAAGUACUAUAGGCACUAAAAAUAUAUCAUUUGUUGACAUGAAAAAAUAAAAAAGUGAUCCCCAUGA